UCAGAUGCUACUUUGGUUGUGUGAAAGCUGCUUGGUGAUUGAGUAAUAUUAGCUGUACACUGUAGUAAAAAAUAUUAGAUUACCAUAGGCUACUACUAGUGCUUCACCCAUCUCAAAAAGACACAAACUUGUUUGAGAGCCAGGUCCAUCAACACAGACAUCCGAUUCCUCUACUGACUGAAGUAUGUCUUUGUCAGGAAGAUACAGGUGCAGAGUUAGUUAAUCCAGCAGAAUUGAAAAGAGAACAUGCUGGAUCUGGCUAUCGAACUCUAGCAGAAAAUAUAAGACAUUUCCAUAAAGUGAAAGCACUUCCUAUAUUCAUAAACAUAUGCAUAUUAGAUGAUGGUGAUGGUAUUGAAAAGAGUUUGAACAAGAACAAUGGACAGCACAAAUCUUGCUACAUCAAGUUUAACAGGACCAAACUUAAAGGGACUGAGGAGAAAAAAAAAGAACUGAGUAAGCUAUGGAUCACCUUGAUGAACUGCAGAGGAAAUAUACACGUUUAAGUGAUGAACACAAAGGGCCUCCAGAAAAAGAAGUCUGCUUUAUUUGUGAAAUGAGCUUACCAUCAGAAGACCUCCAUGAAGCUUCUACUCUCAGCAUUGAUAGUCGAGUCCACAAGAGUGCACUUCAUCUGCAAAACCAGCACUUGGUUGCACUACUAAGUGGAGGGGAUUUAGAGGCCCAAGAGGCAAAGUAUCAUGCAAGAUGUUUGAUGUCUCUCUACAACAAAGCCAGGGAGAAGAAAACUGAGCAAAGCAACACAGAGAAGACAUCACGUGGGAUUGCCUUUGCUGAACUGAUAGCAUACAUUGAAGAGACAAGACUGAAUGAAGACGUGGCUCCAUUCUUUAAACUAGCAGACCUCAAAAGGCUCUAUACAGCUAGACUAGAACAGCUGGGGAUGACACUGGCAGGGCGCAUUCACAGCACUGAACUAAAAUCCCAUAUAAUUUCACAUACUCCAGAUCUCCAAGCACACAUGAUGUGCUCCUUGCCUUCAACCAGGAUAUUGGAUAUGCACGCCAAAAAGCAUGUGAGGAAGAAGCUCUUUACCUAUCCCAAACAACAACAAUUACUGAAAGGGACAUGUUUCAAAUGAAAACAGAAUUUCAUGGAUAAUAUGACCCAGGAUGCCAAGAAACAUUUGUUCCCAUGUCACUAUUGGCACUGAUGUCCGUGAUAUUGGAUGGUCCAAACAUUAAAACUCAGAGCAAGUUUCCAUUCAUCCAGCUACCUUUACUUUGGCACACCUGUUGCAGUACAACAGCAAUAUCUGUCACCAUGAAGGAACAGAAAGUUUAUACCACAACAAAGCAUGAGAAAUGCAUUUACCUAUCUAUGUUGGUUUAACACUUCAUGCACAGACAGUGAAAAAGUGAGCUACCAGAUACUUUCUUUAAGCUUGGAUUGGCCAUUUCCUAUAGCAGAGUGUUGGCCAUCUUUACCAGCAAACAGUGCAUGCCAACACUUGGAGGAUGAGAAUGUAGUCUGUCCUCUAAAGCUUUGUGAUGUAUUGUUCACUACUGUGGCCAUAGACAUCACAGACCACAAUCCCAGCCCUACCACAGCAACAGACUCCUUCCGUAGAACUAGGAUACCACUUUUUCAGCCUCCCAGUACGUAAGUGGAGGGAGAUGUCCAUGGAAUUCCCACCCCUGACUGUGAGACUGUAGUAUCAGUGAAGAAGAUUUUAUCAUCACUUUCUGAGUCUUACACAAUUGUCCCUCCAAUGAUCUUAAGAAAAUGAAUACUCCCAUCCCUGUCACAAAUGCUGAAAUCAAGACUGACUGCCUACUGAUUACCCAAGCUCUGCAAGAAGAAUGCAGGUGGCUUGAACAAAUUAGGCAAGCAGCAAGUCUGGAUAACUUCAAUGGAGAUUAAGACAUUUCCUGGGCAACUUAUCAUGCCAGCAAGCAGCCAGUGCCAGACUUCGCUCCAGUCAUCAAUGUGCUUCUUCCCGUCUUUCCAGAUGACUCCAAGUCUGUGGCAAUGAUUCAUCAUGUCAUGGAUGUGAUGAGGAAUGCUAUAUUCCACCUAAAUCCGUAUGAAGUGCCAGUGAUCACUGAGGACUAACCCCUUCUCACCAUAACCAAACAGAUACAGUGGACCUGGCCUGCUGGGUAUGGCGAGGACAAAUCUGUUAUUAUGUGGUCUUCAUCUGGAAAUGGCAAGUUUAAAUGGAGAUUGGCUAGAAGAUAGUGGACGGAUACAAGCCCUUGUUCAGGCCAAAGUGGCCUCCCUAGGAAUGGCUGACUUCUUGAAAGUGUGUCAUGUCAUACGUACUAGGCAUGCCCAUCGAGUAAUUGCCAACAGUCUGUGCAUCUUGCUCCAAAAUGCACACAUACCGUAUACCCAACAUCUUAAGGAAGAUGAGGUCCUCAUGAGGUAUAAAUGGUGUGACAAGCGAAAAUUAGAAAACCCAGUGUUCUACUUCUGGCAUACCACACUUCAUUUGGAUCUACUUGUAUUGACCUGUGUGCUGUAAAUCCACCAGGCAAACUUUGCUCUCUACAGUGAAUGCCUUGGAAAGCUCUCACCCUUGUUCUUUGUGUUAGAUCAUACUAAUUAUGCACAUUGGGUGCCUGUUCACCUUCAAGAUAAGGCACAAAAUAAUACACUGGCUUUGAGACCAACAGAAAAUGAGAACCCUGGCUCCCUCUGAUUGAGCUGCAGGUUUCUAUGGAGACAGCGUCCUGGCAACAACUCUCAGCAGCCGUUUUCUUCCCAUCUACCAGGCCUGGUGGCAGCAGGCCCCGCGGAGAGGGAGAGGACCUGGCUGCUACUAGCAGCAGGAAGGGACGGAUGGACAUCCAGGCUGUCUAGCUGCGCUCUAUGAAUCUUUGCAUACAGCUAUCCCAGAAGUAAAAACAUAUUAAAAAGCCGAGCAGAGACAUCCAGCAGAGAGGUUGCUAGGAUGCAAGGGAAGGAUGGGCAGCCAUGUCCUGCCCUAAUCCAACACUGACAUAAAUUAUUGAAAAGAAAAUGGCACAACGAAGCCCAAUCUUUCCGACACUUGCCCCUACUGAAAGACGGAUUCGAAAUAUACCACUACACAGCCAAGCUUUGACCGCGGUCCCAUUAGCAUCUGCAAGUCUCGUGGAUCAGCUAGAAGACAGAAUUCUAAGCCAUGAGAAAACAACUGCUGCCCUUGUGGAACACGCUUUUCGCAUUAAGGAGGACAUUGUUUCCACUUUGCAUAGAAUGCAGAACAAAGGGGGAGGAGAUCGGUUGGCUAGGCAACUCUUAGAAGAACACAUCCGAAACAUAACGGCAAUAGUGAGGCAGCUUAACCGGGACAUUGAGACGCUGCAGGAACAGAUACGUGUCAGGGAUAACCUCAGUUAUGGAACUAAUUCUACCUUAAAGAGCCUGGAAAUGCGGCAGUUGUCCGGUUUGGGAGAUCUUCGGGGGAGAGUUGCAAGGUGCGAUGCCGGUUUAGCCAGAUUGUCUGCAGAGCACAAAAUUACGUAUGAAAGACUUCAAAGCCUAAGCAAAGACCAACAAGCUUCUAAAAUGAUCUUGGAAUCUAAAAUCAAAGAGGCAGAAAUACAGAUUUCUUACCUUCUGAGCAGAGUAGAGCAGUCAAUAAUGCAACAAGAAGCAAAACUGAAGAUUGCCUACAAAGAGAGCAACCAACAGCUCCACCUUCUGGAUGUUAAAUUAAAAGGUGCAGUAGAGGAACUCAGCAGCCAGAUAUUGUCUGCUCGCAGCUGGUUGGAACAGGAACAUGAACGGAUUGAAAAAGAGCUUUUACAGAAAAUUGAUCAGAUUUCCUUGGCCCUUAAGGAAAAGACCGAAAUGAGUGAAAGGGCCAUAGAGAUGAGAUUCAGCCAGAUGUCAGAGAAACUUGAUAAAAUAGAAGAAAUACAAAAAAUAACCAUGGAAGAACAUGGAACAAAACAGGCUGAAGAGAAGAUAAAUAUUCGAAUCAGCAAGCUUCAGAUAGAGAUUAAUGAAGAUAUAAAAGAAAUGAAAGCUGAAGUUAAUGCUGGGUUUGCGGCUAUCUACGAGAACAUUGGGUCCCUACAGGAAGUUCUAGAAGCCAAAAUGAAACUUGACAGGGAUGAGCUACAGAAGCAGAUUCACCAAAAGAAGCAGGAAGUUCCGACAUAGGGAGAGUCGAGACCAUGACUGAUGACAAGAUUUAUUCAGAGAGAAGAGCAUUUAUGUGUCUAAAUAGGCUAUAACAUCAUUCCAAUUUGUAAUUAAGUGAAUGUACCAAAUAACAUGCUUCUGUUCCACAGGUGUGUGUUUACUGUAAGCGGUAAAUGCAAGCUUUUAAUAGCUAAGCUGAUAAAUAGUUUUUAUGGGGCAAAGCUCUAGCUCACCAUUGUCUUACUCCAGUUGAUUUCAGUGGAGUUACAGCUGUUUAAAAGUGGAGUAACACAUUGGUGAAUGUGAUGCCAAAUUUGUUAAAGGAGCCUCAGUGCUACCUCCACUUUUGUGGGUUUUGAAAUAUUAGCACUUGUACCCAUAGUUAAUUGCUCUGUUGAAAAGUCAAGCCUUAACAGGUCAAUGUCACUUUGCAAUUCACCACCUUGCCAGAUCUUUCUCCCAUUGAAGUCACUGGAAAUGUUCCCAUUAACUUCAAUGGGAGCAGAACUGGCUUCUAACAGACCAGUUUUUAAAAUCCAAUACCAUCAGAGAAUGACACCUUUGCUUCAUUAAAAUAAAUCUUGUGUGUGUGCCUGCAUGUGUGUUAACUAUAUAGUAUUAUAUUUUGUAGUUGUAGGCUAACAAUAAUCCAUUUGAGCAACACAAGCAACUUAACAUGUCGUUCGAAGUCCUUAGAUAUUGUGAUCUUUCUAAUUAAUAUCUAGAUAGGGCUGAGAUGGGGUGAAGGAUAGUGUAUACAGUAUUUUAUUGUAAGUUUUAAUAUCAGUUGUGUUCUUGUGCAUUAUUUCAUUAUGUCAGUGUAAACUUUGAGGGUUUUGCUCUCAGUGGAGAAAGUGAUCAAUCAAAUAAUUCUGGAGAACAUGAUGUAAAAAUAAGCUGCAUUUUGAUGUAUCUUCAAAUGUUUUAUGGUCUACUAGGAAUUUUUAUUGCUGAAGUAAGACAACUGACUCUUCAAAUUUAAUGUAUUUAGGUAGGUUUUAAUAAUUUAGCAUGGAUAAGUAGAUUUGAAUUAGUAUUGCAUUUACAAAAUUUCCAAAGAAUAUUUUCAUCUCUUAAUGUACUUUAUAUUACACUGGUGCUUAUUUCAAUUUCCAUAAUAGAUUACACAAUGAAAAUUAGCACCAGCACUGUGUAGUAAUCUAGAUGGGAAAACAAGUAUUUUAUAUAUUCAUUCAGGGCCUAAUCCUGCUCCCUUUAUCAUCAAGUGG